AUGUCAACGGCCGCAUUCUUAUUGCCGGCGUUGCUCCUACUGCCGUCGUUGUUGGCAGCCACCGCAGCCGCGGAGGGCCGCACCAUCACCGUGUCACCGACAUGUCAGGGUAGCUGUGGCGGCGUCGACAUCCCUUACCCCUUUGGCAUCGGCGCCGGCUGCUUCCGCAAGGGCUUCAAGAUCAACUGCACAGACACGGGCGGUGCCGGCCCCGUGCCGCUCCUCAAUGGCACUUCCAUCCAGGUGGUCAACCUCUCCGUCGAUCCACCCGAGUCACGGGUGCUGCUUCCCAUUAGGUGGCAGUGCUAUAAAGUGAACGUCUCCGACGGUACAGUGGUACGCAAUAAGGACGACAAGACCACCUUCUACCCCGAGAAGAACGUACCUAUCGACGGCGUAUACCGCAUCUCCCACAAGCACAACGAGCUCUUCGUCCUCGGCUGCGCCACCAUCGGCAUCGUGAAGACCAACGAGAGCCAAACACUGGCCUCCGCCUUCGGGUGCAUGUCCUUCUGCCGCAAUGCCACGGCAGCACAGGACGGCCUGUGCGCCGGCGUCGGGUGCUGCAACAUACGCAUCCAGCCGGAGCUCACGAGCAUCAAGUUCGAGUUCCCCAACAUCAGGGAAUACCGGCCCGACAUGCUCAACUACAGCCCAUGCGACUACGCCUUCAUCGUCGACAAGGACAACUACACCUUCCAGAUCUCCGACCUGCUGCACAUGGACAGACCACGGACCAUGCCGGCGCGCCUUGACUGGGCUAUCCGCGAAAUGCCGUCCUGCACCGACGCCAAGGACGCGGCAGAUCAGUACGCCUGCAAGAGCAAUCACAGCGAGUGCGUCGACUCCGCCAAUGGGACUGGCUAUGCCUGCAAGUGCUCCCAAGGCUACGAGGGCAACCCGUACCUUGUCGGCGAAAGCGGAUGCACCGAUAUCAAUGAAUGCAACGAUCCAGGGAAGUAUCCUUGCUUGCAGCCGGGAGAAUGUGCGAACAACGAAGGAUCUUAUGACUGCCCCUGUCCUCCGGGUUAUCGUAACCAUGACGCCAAAAUAGAAAAGUGUACCUUACUUCCUUCAAGUUUCCCACUGGCAGCAAAGAUCUCCAUAGGUAUCAUUUCGGGCUCCUCCUUAUUACUUGUUGCUCUACUUUCGAAGCUACUGAGGCUCCAAAGGAGAAGAACGAAGGGCUUGUUUAAGAAGAAUGGAGGUUUGGUCCUUCGAGAUGUGAGAACUUUAAAUAUCUUCACAAAGAAGGAGAUAAACAAAAUCACCAAGAACCAAUCAGAGGUCCUUGGUAAAGGGUGCUUUGGCAAAGUAUACAAAGGGAUUCUUCCAGAUGGUACGACAGUGGCAGUAAAAACCUCCAUCAAGAUAAACAAAGUUCGAAAGGAGGAAUUUACCAAGGAAGUGGAAAUCCAGUCACAGAUGAUCCACAAGAACAUCAUCAAACUCAUCGGCUGCUGCUUGGAGGUGGAUGUUCCAAUGUUGGUGUAUGAGUUCGCUGCUAAUGGGAGUCUGCAAGACAUUCUCCAUGGUAACACUCACCUCUCUAAUUUCCCACUAGACCUGCGACUGGAUAUUGCAAUUGGUGCUGCAGAAGGGUUAUCUUAUAUGCACUCAUCAACAAGUCGUACCAUCCGGCAUGGGGAUGUCAAGCCAGCCAACAUACUUUUAGAUGAAAAGAACAUGCCAAAAAUCUCGGAUUUCGGGACAUCAAAGUUUCUUACAAAGGACAAAAAUCACACCGGGCUUGUUGUAGGCAGCAUGGAAUAUAUAGACCCGAUGUUCCGUGAAACGGGACAAUUAACACAGAAGAGUGAUGUUUACAACUUUGGAGUUGUACUCUUGGAACUCAUCACCAGAAAGCCAAUUGUGUAUGAUGGAAAUCAUAGGCUCAUAGUUGACUUCUGUGAUGUUUAUAAGAAAGAAAACAGUGGAGAGGCAAUGUUUGACAAAGAUAUUGCAACUGAAGAAGAUACUUACAUACUGGAAGGGAUUGGAAGACUGGCUGUAAAGUGUUUAGCAAAUGUUGUAGAAGAUCGUCCAGAGAUGAAGGAGGUAGCAGAACGACUUGCCAUGCUUAGAAGAGCUAGGAAAACUGGGAACAUAAACAACAAAAGCCCCAAUUACUUUGAGGAAAUUUAA